AUGGCAACAACUAGCAGCGAGGAAGAAACCUCACCCUCGAAGAAGAAAGUCAAAGCGUCAGGGACAAAUGCACGUGAGAGAAAUGCACAUUCGCAGGAGGUAGAUGAAGCGAUCGACGUCCAGGGAUUUUUGCUGCAGGAAUGUCAGGCAUCUUCCAAGAAAUUGGUAGAACAAGCAAAAUUGCGAGCAGCAGAGCUACGGCAAGAGAUGGAGGAGGGCAAGAAAGUGCUGCUGGAUGCACUCGAAGCGGAGAAGGAGAAUCUCGGCAAAGAUGGGAAUGCCAUUCCGCGAGCAUUUACAAUUUUUGUGCGGGCUGUUAGUGGGCCGUACCGAGGACGAAAGUUUUCUAUGGACAUUGACGUGAAACGACAGUCGUCUUGCUUUAUUGGACGUUCUACUGGACGAAAAUUCCGUCCACCACGAGGCCUGAGUAUGCCGAAAGACUCUGAGCUGUCGACCUCACACGGAGAGGUCAAAUUGGAGACGACAGGAAAAGUUUUCUUUAUCGACUCGGAAAGUACUAACGGCACCCGUAUCGACGAUGUGGAAUUGGAGCCGAAAAAGCCAUACGAGCUCACAAUUAGCAAACCCAUAAAAGUGGAGGUCGGUGCUGGCGAGUACGAGUUCAUAUUCGAGCAGAAGGCAUAG